AUGACAAAGGUUCAAACGACACUCACCUCACCCUUUCAAUUAUCCACCAGCAGCACUCAACCGUUAGUCACAUCGUCUGAAUUAUCCACAAACAUUGUUCAACCAGUACUUGCGUCCCCUGGACUAUCCACCAGCAGCACUCAAUCAGUACUUGUGUCCUCUGAUUUAUCAUCAAACAGUGCUCGACCAGUACUUGCGUCCUCUGAAUUAUCGACAAACACUGCUCAACCAGUAGUUACACCAUCUGAACUGCUCACAAACAGUGCUCGACCAGUAAUCGUGUCCCCUAAAUUAUCCAUAAACAGUGCUCAAUCAGUAGUUGCAUCAUCUGUUGAAUUAUCCACCAACAGUGCUCAAUCAGUACUCGCGUCCCCUGAAUUAUUGACAAAUAGUGCUCAACCAUUAGUCAUAUCAUCUGAAUUACCAACAAACAGUGCUCAACCAGUACUUGCGUCUCCUGAAAUGCCUACAAACACUGCUCAACCAGAAGUUUCGCCCCCUGAAUUGUCCACAAACAGUGCUCAACCAACAUUGAGUAAAACAAGAAAGAGAAAAGGCUCAGCAGAUGCGUUGAUCGAUGCACUCUCCGAACGUGAGAAAGUGGAAGGGAAGAGGAAUAAAAUAAGGUCACAAAAACAUUAUUAA